AUGUCAGAUCCUCGCCCCCAAGAAUCAGAAUCACAACCGAAACUCCCCAAGACGCUCUUCCCCCACCGAACCCCCGCCGCCGCAAGUUCCUCCACAGCCUCCAAAGACGACGAUGUCCCCGUAGGCAUGACCAAGCUGCCCAACGGGGUGAUCCUAGACAAGGACGGGAAACCCUGCCGCCUCUGCACCUCCGCCGCAUCGUGGCGCGCAUUGACAAAGCAAGCCAAAAGCCAAACCGCAGCUGGGACCGCUCCAGCAGCAACACCCUCCACAUCUGCUCCUGCCCCUUCACCAAUGCAAACCGAAUGCCCCCCAGACGUCGAGGAACUGGGCCGCUCAACCUGGACGUUCCUGCACUCCCUGACGGCCGCAUACCCCGCCAAGGCCUCGCCAGAGCAGCAGAGUGAGAUGCGGUCGUUCCUGAGCCUUUUCUCGCGACUGUAUCCCUGCUGGGUGUGUGCGGAGGACUUCCGGACGUGGAUGGCGGAGCCCAGCGGUCGGAAUGCGCCGCGGUUAUCUGGACGAGCGGACUUCGGGACGUGGAUGUGCGAGGCGCAUAAUGAGGUGAAUCGGAAGCUGGGGAAGAAGGAGUUUGACUGUCGGUUCUGGGAGGAGAGGUGGAGGACUGGUUGGAAGGAUGGGAGAUGCGACUGA